UAUAUAUAGUGUAACCAACCAAACACCUUUACUAAUACUGCAUCAAGUUAAGGUGAGAGCAUUCCAAUCUACAAUAAGCGAUGAUUCUCAUUAUCUUCCUCGUUUUUUCUCUUUUCUCCUUCUCCCAUGCUUCUGUCCUAGAUUUCUGCGUGGCAGAUCUUGCAGGUCCUAUUGGUCCUGCAGGAUACUCCUGCAAGAAGCCUUCAAAGGUCACAGCAGAUGAUUUUGCUUACAGUGGCCUUGCCAUUGCUGGUAACACCUCAAACAUUAUCAAAGCUGCAGUAACACCUGCAUUUGAUGCUCAGUUUCCUGGUGUAAAUGGCCUUGGCAUAUCCGCAGCCCGCCUGGACUUGGCAAGAGGUGGAGUUAUACCACUUCAUACUCAUCCCGGAGCUUCAGAAUUACUUGUUGUAAUACAAGGAAGCAUUCUGGCAGGAUUCAUUUCAUCUGACAACUCUGUCUACAUCAAAAAACUUAAUAAGGGGGAUGUUAUGGUAUUCCCUCAAGGCUUGCUGCACUUCCAAAUCAAUGCAGGUGGUUCUUCAGCCCUGGCUAUUGUUAGCUUCAGUAGCUCCAACCCUGGUCUGCAAAUUCUGGACUUUGCUUUGUUCAAAAGUAAUUUCCCCACACCACUGAUAGUGGAAACCACUUUCCUUGAUGCUGCUCUGGUGAAGAAGCUUAAGGGUGUUCUUGGAGGUUCAGGCUAAACCAUGGUAGUUAUCCAUGAAAGAGACUGAACUCAAGCAUGUUGUAUCUCAUGUUUAAGUUUAUUUAUCGCCUGGGUCUACAUUUGGAUUUAGUAUGCAUGUGUAGGUAGGACUCUUCUUUGAGCAAGCUUUGUAAUUGAGAAUAAAACUUGAGACGAUGUGAUUGUUGUAGUGUUUUUUAUUGUUAUCAAGUUUCAGUUGAAGGCAGAUGAUUUCGUACUUCAGAAAAUUGAGCUGAGAUGAGUUUAAUAUGUGGUCUGUUCUCGUGUGUAUUUUUAUGAAUAAUGAUUGAAAAUUUUGACA